CUAGACCAAAUGUCGAUAUUAACAGCAGAAAGAUUGGUCAGAUUGGCUUACAAGUACCCGCUUCUUCAUAACAGCUGGUUUUUAAUAGCCUCAGCUUGUUUGAGUGUGGUGAAUCAUCCUAAUGAGAUUGCUCAGGUAUUCCAUUUUGCUUUGAGACAACAAUUACUUGAAUAUAGCUGUGAUAAAUCACUUCUUACAGACAAAUCACUUGUUCAGUUAGCGCAAGACUCCAUCACAUCUUCUGAAAAAUAUAAAGAUUUUACGUCGGUUGGGGUAAAUUUACCGGAUAUUUUGAUUCCAUAUUCGUUAUAUGAUAAAUUACCGCUUGGAUUUAAGUUUUCCAGGACCGAAGAUAUACAUGCUACACAGAUGGUUAUUGCCAGUAAGAUGAGGGAGGUUUUAUUGAAAGGCGCCGCUUUGGCUGGGUUACCAAAGUCGAUCAAUGCGUUGGUUACAUUGAAAAAUGUAACCCCAAGUAAUAUCAAGCCAUCUCAUAAUUAUGAAAGACAACCUACAGUUCGCCCAGGACACGUCCGUCUGUCUAACAUUGUACAAGAAGAUGUGGCUGGAACCCAUUUUGAAGAAACCUCUCCUGGCAAUAAUCCCGGAGUUACUUUUGAUACUAUUGAUGGACCAAUUUCAACCGAUUCAUUAAAUCAAAAGGAAAUAGUACUGAAUAUGAAGCGAGGAUCGGAAUUUUGGAAUACUGUUUACUCUACUAAAGUCAACACCAGAAUCAAAAGACAAAUGUUUAACGCAUACCCUGAUCUUUGGCAAUUUGCCUAUCAUAACGUUUAUUCUCCGCUAUUAAGUUUUACUGAAAUUUUAUCAGCCAAAGAAACCUCAAUGUGUAUUGUUUCUAGUUUGAUUCCUCAAGACGUGAACCCGCAAUUGAAGGGCCAUUUACGUGGUGCCUUGAAUGUUGGCUGUCUGAAAGAAGAACUAGAACAAUUAAGAGGAUUAGUUGUUGAUUUAUGUGAUUGGUGUGGUAAUGUAACCUGGCAAGGUGGUAAAGAAAGUAUUGCAAAAUUGUAAUUUUUAAAUUAUCUUAUAACUAUAUAUUCAAUAAACA